AUGGAUCUCAACGUGACCAUCAAGAAGGCAACUUCUGUGGAUGAAACAGCUCCCAAGCAGAAGCACGUUCGGAAAUGCAUCAUGUACACCCACGACUAUCACACCUCGCAGUCCCUUUGGAAUGGCUUGAGGGUGCAACCGAUCCUCUCUGAUGAGGUGCAAACCUUCAAGGCGCUCAUCUUGGUUCACAAAGUGCUGCAGGAAGGUUUCCCCAUCGUGCUGCGUGAAGCUCAAGCGCAGGUGGGAUGGUUCGAGACAUGCGCCCGUACAGUUGGAAGCGACAGCCUUCGAGGUUACGCACCUCUGAUCCGCGCAUAUGUCAAUUUUAUCUUGGCUAAGCUGCGUUUCCAUAGGCAUCACAAGGAGUUCAAUGGGCUGUUCGAGUACGAGGAGUACAUCAGUUUGAAGAAUAUUGACAACCCGGACGAAGGAUACGAAACGAUCAUGGAUUUGAUGAACCUGCAGGACCAGAUCGAGCAGUUCCAGAAGCUCGUCUUUGCACAUUUCAAGGGCUCUGCCAACAACGAGUGUCGCAUCAGCUCCCUGGUGCCGCUGGUCAAGGAGUCUUACGGCAUCUACAAGUUCUUGACCUCGAUGCUGCGCGCGAUGCACAGGCGCACAGAUGCCAUGGACGCAUUAGAGCCGCUCAGAGGUCGCUACAACACGCAGCACUACGCCCUGCGUCGCUUCUACUACGAGUGUGCUAAUUUGAAAUUCCUGACUAGUCUUAUCAACGUGCCCAAGCUCAAUCACGAUCCGCCCAACCUGUUCGACUCGCCCGACGAGGGCCCAGCUUUGCCAGCUCGGUCGACAAAGCCUGCAACGCCUCCCGGUCCCUCUCAGUCCGAAAUCGACGAGCAAGCGAGGAUGUUGAAGGAAUAUGAAGACCGUCAACGCGCUCUGCAGGAAGCUGAAGAGGCCGAAAAGCGGCGCAGAGCGGAUGAGGCUGCUCGCCAGCAGCGCGACUUGGAGGAGCAGCAGCGUUUGCAAGCAGAGCGUGAGAGGCAAGCGCAGGAGGCAUUGAUGAGAGCUCAGAUGGAUCAGAUGGCUGGUGGCCGAGCUGCAGAGCUCGAGCGGGAAAUGCUCGCUAUGAGGGGGCAAUACGAGCGCGACCAGCUGAUGCUAGAGCAGUAUGACAGGCGUGUCAAAGCGCUGGAGAAUGAGCUGGCCACUAUCGGACAGAAUGUCAACGCUCAACUCAUGAGCAAAGACGACCUCCUCAAACAACUGCAAGAUCAGGUUACCCUCUGGCGCAACAAGUACGAAGCCCUGGCAAAGCUCUACUCGCAGCUGCGAACGGAGCAUCUCGAUAUGCUUGCCAAAUACAAGCAGAUGCAGAUUAAGGCUGGCUCAGCACAAGAAGCCAUUGACAAGAUGGAGCGCAUGGAGCGCGACGUCAAGGCCAAGAAUCUGGAGCUGGCAGAUAUGAUUCGAGAGCGGGAUCGUGCACGUUUCGAUUUGGACAGGAUCAAAGCGAGCCAAAAGGAAGAGUUCGACAGGCUCAAGCGCGACCUCAUGUUUGCCAACGAGCGUGCUGAGGAUGCAACUCGCGCCAAGAGCUCAGAGAUGUCUGGCAUCAUGGCUACGCUCAAUCGUCAGAUCGCGGAGCUAGAAGACGAGCUGCGCAACAAGCGUGAUGGCGGCGACGACCUGCGGCGUCAGCUGCAUGACAAGGACGCGGAGAUCACAAGGCUCAGAGAGGAGCAAGCUGCUGAGCUCGCCAUCAUGCAAGAAGGCAUGGAUGAGACGAUCAAACAGAUGCAGGAGCUCAAGCUGGGUCAAGGCGUGCAAGACGACGCUGUCAAUGCGCAGAUCGAUACCCUCAUCUUGGACAACUCGAAGAAGCUCAAUGCAAUCAUCGAUUCUAUUUUGCAGGCAUGCGUUGAAAAAGUCGAUGACGCGGUCUACGAGCUCGAAGCGACUUCUGCAUCCGGCAAUACGACAGCAACUCCGCAGUACGUCUUGUCCAUCAUCGAAAAAGGCGUGUCCUCUGCGAACGAAUUCGCGACCGUGUACAGCCUGUAUCUUUCUCAGGAGGCUGGUGGUGAGCACGUCGAGGUCAUCAAAAAGGCCAAUCAGCUCGCGCAAACCAUAUUUGACGUGCUUGUCAGCACGAAGGGCAUCACGAGAUUGGCGCAAACUGAUGCUGCCGCCGAGAAGCUCAUCAAUGCUGGACGAACGGCUGGGAAUGGCCUGAUUCGUUUCUUUUCCAACCUUCAAUCUUUCCGACUCGCCACUGUCGCUCCCGCGAACCGUCGCAAUGUCGUAGCUCAGCAAAACAUGGAGGCUGGCACUGCGCUCAAGACUCUCAACGACGUUGUUGAAGGCAUGGUCAAGUCGGGCGAUAGCGCGCUGGCAUCUGCGAAUGGCGAUAUUGGUGAUUUGGUGGAGCGUGAAAUGCAGGGAGCUGCUGCGGCCAUCGAAGCAGCGACGAAGAGGCUGCAAGCCUUGAUGAGUCGUCCGCGCGACACUGGCAAAUUCAGUGCUGUCGACCUGCAAGUCCAUGAUGCCAUUCUCGAAGCCUCUUUGGCCAUCACGCGAGCCAUCGGCGGGCUCAUCAAAGCCGCAACGGAUAGUCAGCAGGAGAUUGUCGCUCAGGGACGUGGUUCGAGCACUAACCAGCAAUUCUACAAGAAGAACAACAGGUGGACAGAGGGUCUCAUUAGCGCUGCGAGGGCUGUAGCAUUCGCCACCACGAUGCUCAUUGAAGCUGCCGAUGGCGUCAUUGUGGGCAGCCACAGCUUGGAGCAGCUCAUAGUUGCGUCGAACGAGGUGUCGGCGGCCACCGCCCAACUCGUCGCUGCUUCUCGCGUCAAGGCCGAAUUUAUGAGCCGCACACAAGACCGUCUCGAGACGGCAGCAAAGGCGGUCACGGACGCUUGCAAGGCGCUUGUCCGACAAGUCAAGGCGAUCACCGAGCGCAAAAAUGAGGAACAUGACGUCGACUAUUCGCGCAUGGCCACGCACGAGUUCAAGACCAAGGAGAUGGAAGCGCAAGUCGAGGUGCUCAAGUUAGAGCAAAGUCUCACUCAAGCUCGCAGGACUUUGGCCAAUAUGCGCAAGGCGGGAUAUCACGCGUUCGAGGAGGACUGA